CGUGACUGCAAUAUUAAUCACAGAAAAAUACGUACAGACCUUGACCUUAUUAUAUAGUAGCUAGUUUGAGUGGCUCUCCGAGAAGGAGCUUAGAAGCACCCAAGAAAGUUCAUCCCGAGGUACGUAGUAGUACUCUGAGUCCCUUUCCGAGUUAAUCAGCUUUUAGCUAGCUUUUGCCUGCGGAUAAUCACCUUAAGCAAGCAGCUAGCCUAUCGUCACUCAUGGAGCUGGGUACCGCAAGCAAGAAGAGAAAGAUCUGCCAUGAUGUAGGUGAUCAUCAGGAGGAAGAUGAUGAACAAAAAAUGGAGAAGUUCUAUGCUCUUAUAAAAAAUCUUUGCGAGGCUCGUGAAAGUUUGAUGAUGAAUGGAUCCAAGGCAUUGAACGGGAUCGCAGGGAAUAAGAUGCUCAGAAAGCAGAAGAAAAUCGAGGAAGAUAAGAAGAAAUUUGCAGCAUGGAAGCCCUCGUUCCAACCUGAAGACUUCAUGGAAGAUCAGACAGCUCUGCACAACAAAGUCGUCGUUGUCGUCCCUCCUGCUCAUGUGGCAAUGUCUUCGUUUGUGGGUUCUGCGCAAAGGGAAGAAUUAGCAGAUCAUCAGAAAGAAAACACCGAUCAUGAAGAAGGGUUAGAGUUAGACCUAAGGCUUUCACUCUAAAACUGUUGCAUGUACAGCCAAAUUUGUGGAAGUACUGGAGCUUCGUCAUCAAACCACGAUAUGAUCUCCAUCGAUCACGUUCCUGGAGGUCAAACAGUAUUUUUAUUCUGAUCCAGCUAGAAUUCCAUUUUCCUUGCAGAAUCAUUACGCACCAUACACAAAGUUAUAAGCGAUCGACUUUUCAUUUUAGCUGACAAUUAGUUACAGUUGUUGAAGUUUUAUCAUGAAUCUAUCUAUCUAGCUAUAUCCUGAUGAUUUAGGUUAUGCUUGGAUAUAUAAGAAAUAAUUCCAACUUCUGA